AGGUCCAAUUAGCUUUGAAUGAACCAUGUUAACUAUCAAAUGGAGAGCGAGUAAGAUAGAAAUAUUGAGGCGUGAGAUAGAGCAUCCAGGUUAGCCAUACAACGAGUGGGAGAAAGGUAGGGGGACUGCACAAGUGGGCCAUCUUCUGGUUCUGCCCCAUCCUUUAGAGAGACACAGAGAGGGUCCGACAAUGGCUGCUGCAGUUCCGGCCUCGACGCAGCUAUCGCUCCCCCACUCACGGUCACUCUCGCGCCUGAGCACCGCCGGAAAAUACUCCGACGUGAGAACCCCAAAGUGCCCUCACCGGAGGACCUUAAUUUCCGGCACUACCCUCAGAAUUCGAGCACUAGCAGUGAGCACAAUGCAAGCAUCUGCCCCAAAGAAGAAGAGCUCUUCUUAUGACUUACAACCCCUAACAAGUUGGCUUCUUAAGCAAGAGCAAGCUGGUAUUAUUGAUGCAGAAUUAACAAUUGUUCUCUCAAGUGUCUCUAUGGCUUGCAAGCAAAUAGCUUCCCUGGUUCAAAGAGCUGGUAUCUCUAAUCUCACUGGCGUUCAAGGUGCCAUUAAUAUUCAAGGAGAGGACCAAAAGAAACUAGAUGUAGUGUCCAAUGAGGUCUUCUCCAAUUGCCUAAGAUCAAGUGGAAGGACUGGAAUUAUAGCCUCCGAAGAGGAGGAUGUACCAGUUGCAGUGGAAGAGAGCUAUUCAGGCAAUUACAUUGUGGUCUUUGAUCCAUUGGAUGGCUCCUCAAAUAUUGAUGCAGCAGUCUCCACAGGAUCCAUUUUUGGGAUUUAUAGCCCUAAUGAUGAGUGCCUUGCAGACAUCGGUGAUGAUGAAGCGUUAGACCAACUGGAGCAAAAAUGUGUGGUAAGUGUGUGUCAACCAGGAGACAACCUGUUAGCUGCUGGAUAUUGCAUGUACUCAAGCUCAGUCAUCUUUGUGCUCUCCAUUGGCAAUGGAGUCCACUCCUUCACCCUUGAUCCCAUGUAUGGCGAGUUCGUUCUCACACAACAAGAUAUCAAGAUCCCAAAACAGGGCAAGAUAUAUUCCUUCAAUGAAGGGAACUACAGGCUUUGGGAUGAGAAGCUCCAAAAGUACAUGGAUGACCUCAAGGACCCCGGCCCUUCCGGCAAGCCGUACUCAGCCAGGUAUAUUGGAAGUUUGGUGGGAGAUUUUCAUAGAACAUUGUUAUAUGGAGGGAUUUAUGGGUACCCAAGAGACAAGAAGAGCAAGAAUGGGAAGCUAAGGCUGCUGUAUGAGUGCGCACCCAUGAGCUUCUUGGUGGAGCAGGCUGGUGGUAAGGGGUCUGAUGGUCACAGAAGAAUCCUCGACAUACAACCUGAGGAGAUCCACCAGAGGGUUCCUCUUUACAUUGGGAGUGUUGAGGAAGUUGAGAAAGUGGAGAAAUACUUGUCAUGAUAAACAACUCUUCAAUCUUUUAUAUGCUUUUUUUUUUUUUUUCGUGAAGCUCUGUGAUGGAAAAGAAUAAAUUACCAAGUAUUAUGUGAUGAAUUAUGUUUGCAAUGAAAGAAUUGUGAUUUCUUUCAGUUA